AUGGCAUCGAAUACGUUGAAAAAACGUUGUUCUAAAUGUAAUAAAAAUAUGAGUAUUCUUACAUGUGAUGGAUGUGAACGAUCAUUUUGUACAAAACACAUAGCUGAUCAUCGACAAGAACUUUCGAUUGAAAUGGAUAGUAUCGGUCAAGAAUAUGAUCUUCUCCGACGUGAUUUAAUUCGUGAUGAUAAUGAUUCCCAUCUUCUUUUUGAUCGUAUUAAUAUUUGGGAACGUGAAUCAAUAAUAAAAAUUCAACAAAUAGCUCAACAAGCUCGGCAUGAUCUUCGACAAUGUUUAGAUGAAAAUAAAAGUCAAAUAACAAAUAAUUGUAAUAAAUUAGCCGAUGAAUUACAAUCAAAUCGAGAAUCAGGAGAUUAUACUGAAAUUGAUUUUGAUUUGUGGAAUAAACAAUUACGUGAACUUCGAAAAAUGUUAGAAAAACCACCAAUUAUUGAUAUUCUAGAAGAUAAUACUCUAUCAAGACCUAUUUAUAUGAUUAAAAUAAAACAAAAAAUUGAUCAACAAUCUACUACACAAAUGUCUAAUUGUAAUACAAUUUCGAAUCAAUUCUCAGAAUUACCCAUAAUUCAAAAUUUUAAUACAUUUAUUGGUGAUGCUAUAUUUACAGAUAAUCAUCAUGUUGCAAAACAUUCAGGUGAUUCUCAACGUAGUACAAUGGUUUAUUUAACUAAAUUUUAUUUAUCUGGAAUACACCGAAUUCGUUUUCGUAUAGAACAGAAACUAAAUAAAUAUCUUUUCUUUGGUAUUGUUAAUUCUUUAGAAGAAAUGAAUAGAGAUAUUUUUAACUCCCCAUCACUUUAUGGUUGGAUGUCACCUAUUUCUCGUGUUGUUAAAAGUCAAAAAGUUGUUAUCAAUCCUGUUAAUACAAUAUUUAAUGAAGGUGAUGAAAUAUCAUUAACAUUAAAUUGUAAUAUACAACAAAUUUUACUAGAACAUCAUCGGACUGAUAUUAUCGAUCGUCUUCCUAUCGAUAUACGAGUAUGUCCAUUACCAUGGAGAGUUGUUAUUGCAUUUUUUAGCUCAAACGAUAGUGUACGUAUUAUUUAUUAA